CGCCGCCAUGCGGGGCCGGCUGCUGCGCGCCUGGCGUGAGGGGGUGAAGGCGGCGGGUCCGCCAUGGCGGGUGCUGUUCUUCGGCACCGACCGCUUCGCUGUCACCGCGCUCCGGGCCCUGCAGGAGGCCACGUACCGGGAGCCCGGCGGGGACUUGCUCGUGUCCAGGCUGGAGGUGGUGACCCUGCCCUCCCGCCUGCCCGGGGACCUGCCUGUGGGGAGCUGCGCCCGGGAGCUCCGGCUGCCUGUUCAUGAGUGGCCCCACACCGGCCCUGUGGGGCAGUUUGAUGUGGGUGUGGUGGCAUCGUUUGGGCGUCUUCUGAGCCAGGACCUUAUCCAGCAGUUCCCAUAUGGCGUGCUCAAUGUGCAUCCCAGCUGCCUCCCUCGAUGGCGUGGUCCUGCACCCAUAAUCCACACCGUGCUUCAUGGUGAUAAAGUGACUGGGGUGACAAUUAUGGAAAUAAGACCAAAAAGGUUUGAUGUAGGGCCAAUUAUUAAGCAAGAAGAGUUUACUGUUCCUCCCCGCUGUACUGCAAAGGAGCUGGAAGUCAUAUUAUCAAAGAUGGGUGCAAACAUGCUGAUCUCAGUUCUGAGAAACCUGCCUGAAAGUUUGAAAAAUAAAAAAGAGCAACCAGAAGAAGGUGUAACAUUUGCUCCUAAAAUAUCUAUAGCCAAGAGCUGUGUACGAUGGGAAGAGCAAACGGCUGAACAAGUAAUUCAAUUGUAUCGUGCAAUAGGAAGCAUGUUUCCUUUGCAGACACUGUGGAAGGGAACUACAGUUAAACUUCUGGAUUUUGUGGAAGUGGAUGACAUCCCUGGGUUUGCUGAUCAGACAUUAAAUGACUGUGGAGCUGUUCCUGGUUCACUCCUAUACCAUAAAGCAUCCCAAACGCUGAUAGCUCGUUGCAAGGAAGGCUGGGUUGGAAUCAAAGCAGUUGUAUUAAAGAAGAAGCUUACAGCAGUUGACUUCUACAAUGGAUAUAUGCACUCUUGGUUCCAGCAGAAGUCAAGAGCAGUUCAUCAGGAAUGCAGAUUUCAGACACUCAAACUUAGCACGGCAAAAAAGACUCUGAAAGAGAGGGAAAUGCUGUCACAGAAUAUAAAACAAUAGAUGUAUUUUAAAAUAUGGGAGAUGAUGUCUGCAAGUUAAUAGUAACUUAAAGUAUUUCAGUGUCUACCUAUAAUGUUCAGCUUAGUUGAACUUUUAAGUUUUCCUCCCAGAGUGUUAGAUCUUGCUGUCAUCUGCGUUUUUCUCAUUGUGGGCUCCUGAAGAUGCUUAUUUCUGUUUCCUCCAUGAAGAAAGAGAAUCUCUGUGAGUGUUGGUGAACAAACCCUGUUUCCACUGUUGAGCAAUAAAUUUAUUUUUAUACAA